AUGUACAGCCCUGGCUCGUACAACACCUCUCUACCCGGGACUGAAGCAGCUCACCAGCUAGUUGUAUGUGUUCGAAACAAGUGUACCCCUGAGGAAGCCCUGAACGUCCUCCGUGAACUCCCAAAUCCCUUACGGGAAGGGGACGCGGCGUCAACCCACGCGUCGCAGUACAACCCUUUGAAGAUAGAUGUGUUUGUGCAGACCCUACUCAACCUCGGUAGCAAAAGUAUUUCGCAUAGUUUUGCUGCGAUAUCCAAGUUUCAUUAUGUUUUUAAGAUCCUUGCCGAAUCCGAGGAAGCCCAGAUUUGUGUACUCCGGAAUGUUUGGGAGCUAUGGCAGAAGCACCCGCAGAUGGUCUGCGUGCUCGUUGACAAAAUGCUGAAAACUCAAAUAGUGGAGUGCAGUGCGGUGGCCACUUGGCUCUUCUCAAAGGAAAUGGGGCCGCACUUCAUACACUCUUGUCUUUGGGAGAUAUUGCAUUUGACGAUUGAUAAGAUGAACAAACAUGUGUCUAAACUGAGUAAAGAACUGCAAGAGGCAAGGGAAGCAUUAGCAAGGGCUGAUUCAAGCAGUUCGGACUCUGAAGACGAAAGUGGAAGCAAGAAGAAAAAGGAUCAAGAUAAACCCACUGAAGAGGCGGUGGAACGUAUGGAAGAAAGACUGGAGAUGGGUCACACAGAUCAAAAGAGGUUAUUCCUGAUCGUGUUCCAGCGAUUUAUAAUGAUCCUCUCAGAGCAUCUCGUGAGAGCGGACACGGAUGCAAGAGAUCCACUCACCCAUUGGUAUACAAGUACUGUUGGACGACUUACGCAAGUGUUUUUGUUGCAUCACGAGCAAGUUCAAAAGUACAGUAGUACAUUAGAGACGUUGCUCUUCACUCAAGACUUGGAUCCGCAUAUACUUGAUGUGUUUCACCAGUUCCUCGCGCUUACUGCGUAA